AUGCCGUGUCCCAAAAGGGAAAUGUGUCAAACUGAGGGAGGGGGGAGGGUGUUGCGAGUUGUGCUGUUGUGCUGUUGUGCUGUUGUGCGGCGUUGUCUGUGUGUUUUUAUCGGUGUUUCGCUUGAGCCACAGAGAUCGAUCUCUCCCCGAGAAAAAGUGUGGUGGAGCCCUCAUCUCUUCAUAUAUAACCAUCGACAAAUAUCAGAAAUUGCAAUUACAGCUACAAUCAUAACUACAACAUCAAUCAUAACUACAACUACAACUACAAUCAUAACUACAACUAUAACUACAAUAACAAUGUCAGGACUAGCGUAUCUUGGUGUUGUGGUGGUUUCCUGGGUGAUGUCCUCGUUCGUUACCGGGCGAGUGAUGGACGUGUACCAGAAGCCCUUCCUGAUGACAUACAUAAACAUGUCCUCCCUGGUGCUGUACCUGCCACUUUACUUCAUAUGGACUCCGAGUCACAGUCCUAAGGACUGUGACGAGGAGUCCUGUCUUAUGGAGAAGCACACGUACGGUACUAUUCUGCAAGAACCUGCCACAAACAACAACGGCAGGCUGAUACUGCUGACUUUCCUGUUCGCAAUCCUGUGGUUCUUGGCGAACUUCUUCACAAACAGCUCCUUGGCGUACACGAGUGUCGCCUCGCAGACAAUCCUGUCCUCCACUUCCUCUUUCUUCACCAUGGCGAUCGGAGCCCUGGUGGGCAUCGAACUGUUCACUGGGAGGAAGCUGCUCGGUCUGUUCUCGUCUUUCAUCGGCGUGUACUUGGUCACAAUGUCCGACUUCCAGCUGCCCUCGGCUUCCACGGGCCGCUCCUUCAUAGGCGACGGACUGGCCCUCGCCGGCGCCCUCGUGUACGGUGGAUACACUACUCUGUUCAAGAGCCGCGAGAGACUUGUGCAGAAGUACAACAUGAACCUCGUGUUUGGCCUCAUCGGGUUGUUCACACUGUGUACGUGCUGGCCACUCUACUUUGUGUACAACAAGUACAUCCAACAGGAGCCACUGGAGCUGCCCCCAACUUCUGCCAUAUACAUGCUGAUCCUGUUCAACUGCGCACUGUCCUUCAUCUCGAACUUCUGCUGGGCAAAAGCAGUGAUGACCUUGAAAUCACCCCUCGUGGUCACUACGGGACUCACCAUGUCCAUCCCACUGGCAAUGCUAAGCGACGUGCUCUUCAACAGCCAGCCCUUCUCUUGGCGUUACCUAGUGGGCGCAUUCUACAUCGUCCAGGGCUUUAUCAUCAUCGAUGGCUUCUCAAAGUAG